AUGCUCCAGCGCUCGGCGGCCGAGGGGCCAGAAGAGGGGCAGGCGAGCGGCAAAGCGGCCGCGAGCCUGUUCAGAGCGGCAGGUUUGAGGCCAGCACCAGAAGCCCGAGGCGGCGUGCCAGGCCGGGCCGCCGGCGCCGACUCUGCGGGCGGGGCUCCGAAGG